AUGGCUUCGCAACCAAAGGGAAUGUACACUGUCGUCGAAAAGACGCCCGAGGGCAUCAUCUAUCGCUGCCCUGCAACAUACUCUAUUCCCAACUUGGAUAUUCUGACCCUUCUGUUCGAGUCGCAUCACUCGUCUGCCAAGGAAGAGACACCCCUCCACGUCUCUGCCGCCAAUCCAAACCACCUUGUCACCAAAUUUCAAGCUCGCAUCCUCACCAAGCAGACCGGCUAUGCUCUACGAAACCACUUUGGCAUCGGAGCCAGCGGCCCGGAUAGAGACGUUGUGACCUGCAUUUCCACCGGCCACCAUCUCUUGCCCGUGGCCUUCUACGGCGUCGUUUGCGCAGGGGGCGUCUUCUCCGCAGCGAGCCCCUCAGCUACCCCCGCAGACCUUGCUCGCCAGCUGCGCCAGGGCGACAGCAACCUUCUCAUCUGCAACGAGGACACCAAGCCUGUUGCCAUUGCCGCCGCCAAAGACGUCCGUCUGCCCCUUGACCGCGUCCUUGUCAUCCCCAAUGGGGGCGAAUACGCCCUCAAUCGCGCGUCCGACGGUACAAACAUCGUCGGCCAAAAGAGCUUGGAGUGGCAGGUCAUUACAGACAAGAAGACCCUGGAAGAGAGCCUCAUCAUCCUCAUCUACUCGUCCGGCACGACCGGUCUCCCCAAAGCCGUUAAGCUCUCGCACGCCAACGUCACAUCCGAGGCUUGCACAGCACUCGACCCCUGGAAAGCGUACAACCAAGAGAACAACCCGACCUUCGAGUACCGCACGCUUGCCCACUUGCCAACCGCACACAUCGCCGGCAUCCAGGGCUACCUGAUCAACCCCUUCUACAUGGGCGGCACCGUCUACUGGAUGCCCAAGUUCGACUUCCCCAACUUCCUCGCCUACAACAAACAACACGCCAUCACCGCCUUCUUCACCGUCCCCCCCAUCUGGCUCGCCAUCGCCAAGCACCCCGCCGUCACCGACCAAUUCGCCACGCUCCAGCACGCCGUCAGCGGCGCCGCCCCGCUCGGCAAGGACCUGCAGCUCGCGGCGAGCAAAAAGCUCGGCAAAGGCGGCGCCACCACCAUCGUGCAGACCUGGGGCCUCAGCGAAACCACCGGCAGCAUCACCCUCCUCCCCCACGGCGAGACCGACACCACCGGCAGCGUCGCCUGCCUCAUCGCCAACCACUCCGCCCGCCUCGUCGACGACGCCGGCCGCGACGUCGACCCGGGCCAGCCCGGCGAGGUGCUCGUCCGCGGGCCCGUCGUCACGAAUGGUUACCACCGCGACGACGCGGCCAACGCCGAGGCGUUUCUGCCGGCCAGUACGGCCGCGGGAGGAGGAGCGGGAGGAGGAGCGGAAGGAGGAGCUGCUGGGCGACGCUGGUUCCGCACCGGCGACGUCGCCGUGUUUCGCGACGGCAAGUUCUACAUCGUCGACCGCAAGAAGGAGCUCAUCAAGUACAAGGGGCUGCAGGUCGCCCCCGCCGAGCUCGAGGCCGUGCUGCUCGCCCACCCGCGCAUCCUCGACGCCGCCGUCAUCGGCGUCCCCGCCGACGCCGUCGAUGAAGGAGCCGGCACCGAGGUGCCGCGCGCCUACGUCGUCGUGGCCCAGCCCGAGGACGGCCAAGCGUCGUCGUCGUUAUCCGGUAAGCAGGUUGAGGAGUACGUCGCGCGGAACGUGGCGGAUUACAAGCGCUUGCGUGGCGGCGUGGCGUUCGUCGCGGCGGUGCCGAAGAGUCCGUCUGGUAAGAUUCUGAGGAAGGAUUUGAGGGAGCUGGCGAGGAGGGAGGCGUUGGAGGCGAAGGCGAAGCUUUGA